AUGGCCACCAGGGGAGUGAACUUCGCCAGGAGGGAGGGCGCAGCCCCGGGUGGGGACGGCGGCCACGGCGCGCGGUGGCCGUGCCGGCAGGCAGUGGCGCGCGCGGGCGAAAACGAGGGAGGGCUGUGGUGCGUGACCCGGAGCGGCGACCGGCGCUCGAGCAGAAGCGGGCGCAACAGGGGAGGCGAGCGGGGUGGUCUGCGGCAGCAGCAAGCGGAGGGAGCCGAGGGGCCGCCGACGACGAGCGACGCAGGCGCGAGUGUCCGUGGGCGCGGUCCGGCGUGCGACGAGCAUGGCGCGGCGUCCGCGGCGACGGCGACCAGCGUGGUGUGGUACACUGGACAGAGAGGAGGGGAGUGGAGGCCGGGGGCCUCACCGGCGGCUGCAGGGGAUUGGAAGUGGGCUCAAGCUCGAGGGGGAGGACGGGGACGACGUGCGGCGGGGCGACGAGGUCCGGCGGCGUAG